AGAAUAUUGAUUUAUUAGAACAUCUUCCUCAUACCUUUGAAAGGCAAACAAGUGAAAGAGGAACAGAGCAGCUGAAGACAUACCCCUUAGAACAACUUCCAUCUUUGCAUCAGGAUGCCUGGGAGAGGAGGACAAUCUCUCUCCAUGGUGUGUGUAGAUGUCUGGAUUUUAGCUUUGUCUGUUCUAUCAGUCACGGCUGAUGCCACUUCUAUACCAGUUACCGAGUCCUGUGAUCCUCAAGGACCUCCAGGUUUUCCAGGGCCUCCCGGUCCUCCUGGCCCUCCUGGCCCUCCAGGGCCCCCAGGCCCUCCAGGAUCGCGAGGACCAACUGGGAUUCCGGGAGACAUUGAGAGUUGCUUGUCUCCCCCUAAAUCUGCCUUUGCAGUGAAGAUGAAUGAUCCCCUCCCAGCCCCCUCCCAGCCCAUUGUCUUCAAGGAAGCCCUGCAUAAUGACCAGGACCACUUCAAUCUUACCACGGGAGUGUUCACCUGCACCAUCCCUGGCGUGUACCGCUUUGGCUUUGACAUAGAGCUAUUCCAGCAUGCUGUGAAGCUAGGGCUCAUGAAGAAUGACACUCAAAUCCUGGAGAAGGAGUCCAAGGCCAAGGACGAUUAUAGGCAUCUUUCCGGAAAUGUCGUCUUGCAGCUGACAUUGGGAGACAGAGUCUGGCUGGAAUCCAAGCUAGACACAACAGAGACUGAGAAAGGACCAAUUCAAAGUAUGUUCUUUGCGUAUUUGCUCUAUGGAAAUUAUCCUGGCUAAGGAGUAAUGGCACACUUGAAUUCCUCAAGUGGUCCUAAACCUCCCAGCAAACUUCCCUCCCUGCCCCAGUACUUUUCAGUGAUCUUUGAAUAAAUUACAUUAAGAACUUACAAUUUACCCAUGGGAAUGUAACCCUUAAAAGCAGUUAAGAUUAAUUAUUCAUUAACUGGUCAACAAUUUCUUAUGGAAAGCCCAUGAAAUUUCAGGCAUUCUGCUAUAUCCUAGGAACUCUGGGAAGAGGGUAGGUCAGGAAACAAGGGCUGGUUGAGGCUGGGGAACCAGGAAAGUCAUCCUGCCUUUUGAUUUUUUUCUGAUAGUUUUUCACCAGAGGGAAAAACAUAGUCUUGAUCACAGCCCUUGACACCAGUUCAAUUUCACAAUUUAUAGUAUAGCUAGGAAAGCAAAUAUCCCAAAGA